GUCGCUUGUUGACUCUGCUUCUCUCGACUUCUUCCCGUAAAUUUUUGGAGAAAUAUUUUUGAUAGAAAAAUGACUUUAAGGUUUAAGACCUUGUUAUUGUUGUUUGCAUCUGCAGCAAUUUCAUUAUCAUUUCUUUGUUGGUCGUAUCCAUCAUGGUCAAGUCUGGUGCCAAUUCCUUAUGUGGACGACAAUUUAAUUCGGUCAGAAAAAGAUCUUUCAAGUAUGAUUACUUGCAAUGCUCCAAAAUACCGUCCUCUCGACCCGUCAACACCAAAAUCUCAUGAAAUUGUGAUCCUGUUGGCUAGUGAUGGGCAUACUUCAAACGGAAAAGGUGACAGUUUUUUUGGAGAAUGCAUUGAUAACAGAAUUGCAUACGCCAAGAAACACAAUUAUGCAUUCGAAUUUGUAAACGUUUCUGAAAUGCCAAUUCCUCCCGUAUGGGCAAAGAUGCCUGCUAUACUCGCUACUAUGGACAAGUAUCCCAAAGCAAAAUGGAUUUGGUGGCUUGACCAAGACGCCAUUAUCAUGAACAAGGAAUUGUCUUUACAGGAUCAUUUAUUGUCGCAAAAAGCUAUGCGUCGCAGCUUGUUGCGAAAACAGCCGUUCUUUAACGAAAAGGAUUCGGCGGCACCCCAUCUGGUUACUCCUUCUGAGUAUUCAGAUGCAGAUUUGGAAAACGUCGGUCUUAUUAUUUCUUGCGACUUGAACGGAUUAAAUGCGGGAAGCUUUUUUGUUCGCGUCAAUCCGAUAAUGCGUAUGUUUGUUGAUGUAUGGUCGGACAAGGCAUACCGUGAAAAGAAAGUGUCUGAAAAUGAACAGACAUUGCUGGGAUACUUGAUUGCAAAUCACCCAGAAAUGGCCUCACACGUUGCCUUAGUGCCGCAAAAAAUGAUCAAUUCGUAUGCGGCAGCCGAAGAAAUUCAGCGCUACACGCCAGGCGACCUACUCAUUCACUUUGCUGGUUGUUGGGUAGAGAAUCGUUGCGAAAGUGUUUGGCGCGAGUAUUAUGAUGAAAUGAAGUUAAAUUGGAAGCUAUGAUUGAGAAAUGUACUACUUUACAGCCGAGUACUUGUUUUGGUUAUGUUAAUGUUUUUUAUAAUACUGCACAGAGUUUAGUUUGUUAAGUUGAGACCUUAGUGCAGGGAUUAAACGAAUUCGAGAAUGAUAGUGAAUUCGUUAGGAGCUUUAGUGUCAUGAACGGCGUGUUUUUCAUUGGGACGAUUGAAAGAAAAUAGAACUUGAUGCAUUCAAAUCUCUUCUGCAAGAGUCUCGGUUGCAAUCCUUCACAAAAAUAUAACGCUACACGAAGCCAGUGUAGAAACUGGCAUCAGUAAUUGUUUAACAUGUUACUCCGUGAGCUAAUUCUGGGUUAGCGUCUUAGUAUACAUAACUCUGUUGAACCUUAAACUAGUUAUAUGAAACAAAUCAAACUUAGUAAACAUGCAUUUAGGAAAAAAUCGGCAGCAAUUAAUUAUUGCAUCUACAUAAUACGCAGAGAAUAAAUUUCUUUAGUACUAGUUGGAGGUAGGAGACACCCUUUACUGUUGAAUCAAUACAGUGAAGGACAUAAUUAGCUUUUAGCAUGGGCCUCCAUUCACCGUUUCAAAACAAAAUUGGACUGAAUACAAACUGCUAUAAGCCGACCCGAAGCUGCUCCAUCAAAACAAAAGCACGACAGGAACCCCUAAACCCCAAGACAGCCAAUAAAGAACACAUCUUUAUAAAAAUAACCAUUCUACGAAACCGCAUCUCACUCCCCUCCACUUCACUUAAUUUUUGACU